AUCUCUUUUAACUACCGGACCGGGGCUCCGCAACGCCCACCCACAGCUCCGCACACGCCCGAAGCGGCCACGCCCCACCUCAGGCCGCUCACGGCCGCCCCGCCCGACGAGGUCGCCCUGCGCCUGCCGGCUGCGUUCAGUCAGGCGCGGGCGCGGGCAGCCCGCGGGGUCCUCGCGGCCGCAGCUAGGUGGCGCACAGCGGGCGCGGCGCUUCCUUUUGCGCUCGGCAGCCGCGGCAGCAGGAUGGGGAAGUGCCGUGGUCUCCGCACCGCUCGCAAGCUGCGCAGCCACCGUCGCGACCAGAAGUGGCACGACAAGCAAUACAAGAAGGCUCACCUGGGCACGGCGCUGAAGGCCAACCCGUUCGGCGGCGCGUCCCACGCCAAGGGGAUCGUCCUGGAGAAAGUUGGAGUAGAAGCUAAACAGCCCAAUUCUGCUAUCAGGAAGUGUGUGAGAGUCCAACUCAUCAAGAAUGGCAAAAAAAUAACAGCCUUUGUUCCCAAUGAUGGUUGCCUGAACUUCAUUGAGGAAAACGAUGAAGUGCUCGUUGCUGGUUUUGGUCGGAAGGGUCACGCCGUUGGUGACAUUCCUGGAGUUCGCUUCAAGGUUGUCAAAGUAGCCAAUGUUUCUCUAUUGGCCUUGUACAAGGGCAAGAAAGAGAGACCAAGAUCAUAAAUUUCUAUUAACUUGCCAAGAAUAUCAAUAAAGUUUUUGAUUGGAGAA